CCCAUCUCUCUCUCCAACUCCGCGAACUGAAAUACUAGACGGGUCAUUUCGUUCUACCACACCAAAACGCCACAAAUCCACCGGAAAGAAGCCAUGGCCGCAUGCCUGCCAGUGCACAUGGCCUCCUCUUUAAUCUCAUCUUCAAAGGUUUCACUAGCUCCUCGAAGAACAAGAACAAACAUCGGAACCAGAACCAGUUGCUGUGCUUUUAGCGCCAAAAACUCUGCUACAAUCCCGAUGCCGCCAAUAAACCCUAAUGACCCGUUUCUAUCGAAGCUCGCUUCAGCCGCUGCAUCUUCUCCGGAAAAGUUUGUUAAUCCCCCGACAUCUUCCGAUAUGCCUCCAUAUUUGGACAUCUACGACUCUCCUCUCAUGGCUACUCCCGCUCAAGUGGAAAGAACAGUGAAUUAUAACGAGCACAGGCCGACUACACCACCUCCAGACUUGCCUUCCCUGCUUCUCCAUGGGAGAAUUGUGUAUAUCGGCAUGCCAUUGGUUCCUGCUGUCACAGAGCUCAUUGUGGCAGAACUGAUGUACCUUCAGUGGGCGGAUCCCAAAGCACCAAUAUAUAUGUACAUAAAUUCUACGGGAACAACUCGUGAUGAUAAUGAAACAGUUGGAAUGGAGGCAGAGGGUUUUGCCAUCUAUGAUGCAAUGAGGCAGUUAGAAAAUGAGGUACAUACGGUUGGUGUUGGUGCUGCUAUUGGACAGGCUUGUCUGCUACUUGCGGCUGGGACCAAGGGUAAACGGUUCAUGAUGCCACAUACCAAAGCCAUGAUCCAACAGCCUAAGGUCCCAUCAUCUGGGAUGAUGCCUGCAAGUGAUGUUCUUAUUCGUGCAAAAGAGGCAAUAAUAAAUCGGGAUACUCUUGUAAAGCUGCUAGCCAAGCACACUGGGAAUUCAGAAGAGACUGUAGCUAAUGCGAUGAGAAGACCAUAUUACAUGGAUGCUACAAAAGCGAAAGAAUUUGGGGUCAUUGACAAAGUUCUUUGGCGUGGUCAGGAACGAAUAAUGGCUGAUGUUGCCUCACCAGAGGAGUGGGACAAGAAUGCCGGCAUUAAAGUUUUAGAUGCAUUUUAAUUCAUUUACCGUGAAUACUUAUAUCGUACACUCCGAUACCUGCACCUUUGCUUCUCUCCUGGACUGGUCGUGACGCAAAUUUCUUCCUCCUUUUUCCUCUCAAACCUUUGUAGUGCUUUGAAGCAGUAAUUGGUUGCUUGGUUUGUACUUAGUUGUCUAGAUAGCAAACAUUUCUUAUGGGAAAAAUUAUUUUUUCACUUUGUAUCGACUUAAACUACUUGCUCCACUGUUUGUGCGGCC